AUGAAGAUCUCUGAUCUGUUGGGAAACUCACAGUGCAGACUACACAAACUAGAUGUGUCCGAGUGCAGUAUUGGAGAAGAAGGUUAUAAAUGUUUAUAUUCAGCUGUGAGAUCAAACCCUGAAUCACAUCUGAUAGAGCUGGAUCUCAGAGGAAAUGAUCCUGGAGAAACAGGAGUCAAACUCAUCUAUCAGUUAAUACAAGAUCACAAGUGUAAACUCAACACUGUCAGGUUAUUGAGCAGUUCUUCUGCAGUGAAAGCCUUUGAGUAUCUGACAGAAACUCUUGGUAUAAAUCCUUUACUCCAGAGAGAAGUGAAUCUGAGUGAUCAUAAACUAGACGAGUCAAGAGUGAAUCAGAUCUGUGAUCUACUGAAGGACAAACACUGUCACAUCAACACACUCAUACUGAGAGAUUGUGGUCUAACAGAAGAAAGUUGUUCAGCUUUAGCUUCAGUUUUAUCAUCAAACAUCAGUGUGAAAGAGCUCGACAUGAGCAACAAUCAUCUACAGGAUUCAGGAGUGAAGAAACUUCAGACGGGAUUAGAAAAUAUUCACUGUCAGCUCCAGAAACUCAGUGUGUCCGAGUGCAGUAUUGGAGAAGAAGGUUAUAAAUGUUUAUAUUCAGCUGUGAGAUCAAACCCUGAAUCACAUCUGAUAGAGCUGGAUCUCAGAGGAAAUGAUCCUGGAGAAACAGGAGUCAAACUCAUCUAUCAGUUAAUACAAGAUCACAAGUGUAAACUCAACACUGUCAGAUUUCUGAAGACUCGUGCUGCAGAAGAAGCUUGUGAUCAUCUCUGUAAAGCUCUAGAUGUGAAUCCAUUACUGCUGAAAGAACUCAAUCUGAGUCACAAUAAACUGGGAGAUCUGGAUGGAGAGAAACUCUCGGCUCUAUUGAUGGACUCUCACAGCAAAGUGACUAAAAUCAUUGUGUCCGAGUGCAGUAUUGGAGAAGAAGGUUAUAAAUGUUUAUAUUCAGCUGUGAGAUCAAACCCUGAAUCACAUCUGAUAGAGCUGGAUCUCAGAGGAAAUGAUCCUGGAGAAACAGGAGUCAAACUCAUCUAUCAGUUAAUACAAGAUCACAAGUGUAAACUCAACACUGUCAGACUGAGAGAUUGUGGUCUAACAGAAGAAAGUUGUUCAGCUUUAGCUUCAGUUUUAUCAUCAAACAUCAGUGUGAAAGAGCUCGACAUGAGCAACAAUCAUCUACAGGAUUCAGGAGUGAAGAAACUUCAGACGGGAUUAGAAAAUAUUCACUGUCAGCUCCAGAAACUCAGAUUUCUGAAGAGUUGUGCUGCAGAAGAAGCUUGUGAUCAUCUCUGUAAAGCUCUAGAUGUGAAUCCAUUACUGCUGAAAGAACUCAAUCUGAGUCACAAUAAACUGGGAGAUCUGGAUGGAGAGAAACUCUCGGCUCUAUUGAUGGACUCUCACAGCAAAGUGACUAAAAUCAUAUUGAAUGAUUGUGAGCUGACAGAGAAUCAGUGUUCAGCUCUAGCUGCUGUUCUCUCCUGUAAAACCCUCGUGAAGGAGAUGAAUCUGAGCAACAGUCCACUGAUGGAUUCAGGACUCAAACACAUCUGUGACCAACUUGAGAAACCUCAGUGUCAACUCCAGAUACUCAACUUCAAUCAAUACGGGCAGUCUUAUGAGGCUUUGGACAGCUGUUCCCGUUUUAUGAAUUCUUCUAUAACCCAGGGCUAAGCCUAAUCCAAUCAGCACAAGACCUGUUAUCAUCGUUCUGAAUAGGUAGAUGUCUUCG